AUGACAAAGAAAGUUACAGGGUUUUCCAAGUGGUGUGUUGGCAAGCGAUUAACGAAUAAAAGGAAGUCAUACGCUGGUUAUCUAGAAGCAAAGAACAAAAUCGGUCUGGCGAUUCAUUAUCCUACAACUAUGAGGGGAUUUGCUAUCUAUCAACAAAAUUGGGACAAAGGGGAGGAUGGAUUUGGGGGGGAGGUAGUUGGCAAAAGGAAACUUGAAAAGUAA